AUGUUAAUGCGAGUCAUAUGCCAUGGCAAUGUACCACGCAAUUUGUUAUCUCUGUUGCCGGAUAUCGAGACACCUUCAUCCGUAAUCUCUGCCGACCAUAACGGCGACAGCGAAGAAGAACUCCCACCGGAAUACGUCAAUACGAGACGAAACGCCAAAUUAAUGCUAAAGUCGCUCGAUAUCGUUUCUGUCACACGUUCCAACGAUGCGGAUUAUCUUACGACACUGGAUCUCCACUUGCGAACGCCACUUUCCAGCGUGGGACUCCGUAGCCUUUUUUUCCAUCAUACCUCACAUCCCAUUGUGGGAUCUUCCACGUAUACAAAAUAUCUAAAGUCCAACCGUGACAAAGGCCUUUGUGCAAGUUUGAUACGGAUCGAAUUCACACAUCCAGUGACAGGGGAACUUUUAUGUUUGGAGGGCCAGGAGCCUGAAAAAUUCGAGCUGAUACGUAAGCGGGAACAGAAAUUUUGGCAACGGAAGGUGGAUCAAGCCGUAGCAGCGAUGCGAAAAGCAGGCAUUAAAGUGAACGGCACCGAAGGUCUUGACGAAAUCGAGACCGGUAAUACCAAAAAGCCGUUGGCUUACAUUCUCGGUGAAAAGGAAUUUUAUCGACUCAAUUUCAAAGUCUCUGAAGAAUGCUUGAUCCCGCGCCCAAGCACAGAAACUCUGGUAGAUGCAGCAUUAAUGGCUCUCAAGGAUAGAUCUGCCGAAAAGGGCUGCCGAAUCUUGGAUAUUGGAACCGGCUGCGGCAACCUUCUUUUGGCUAUUCUCUCCAACACACCUAACGCUACCGGUGUCGGUAUUGAUGUGAGCUCCGGUGCACUCAACCUGGCCGAGACCAAUGCAAAAAUGCUAGGCAUCGAUAACCGGGCCCAGUUUAUUAAACAAGAUAUGGCUCAACUGGGUUCUGAUGUUGACGAGAAUAUGUUGUACGAUAUCAUCGUAUGCAACCCACCUUACCUCGAUGUGGACUAUAUUUCCACGAAGCAGCAGAAUCAAAUGAGCGUGCUAAAGUAUGAGCCCUCCGAAGCGCUAUUUGCAAAUGACGAAGGCUAUGAAUGGUAUAUGAUUCUCAGCAAAGUAAUACCCCUCGUGGCACGUCCCGGAAGUCGUGUCAUCUUGGAAUGCGGAAAAGGCAUGAUGGAUCGCGUCAAAGCAAUCUGGGCUGACUGGAAAGUUGUGGAUAUCCUGAAGGAUAAACAAGGAUGGGACCGAUGCUUAAUACUUACUAAAGAAUAA